CAUCGCUGCGCUCUCGGCUAUCCGCAAAGAUGAGGAUCAUGAUCAAAGGUGGAGUGUGGAAGAACACGGAGGAUGAGAUCCUCAAGGUCGCGGUGAUGAAAUAUGCCAAGAAUCAGUGGCCUAGAAUCUCGUCCCUGCUCGCCAGGAAGUCGGCCAAGCAGUGCAAGGCGCGAUGGUACGAGUGGCUGGAUCCAUCUAUCAAGAAGACGGAAUGGACCCGCGAGGAAGACGAGAAGCUCCUUCACCUCGCCAAGCUCAUGCCGACGCAAUGGAGGACGAUCGCUCCCAUCGUUGGGAGAACUCCUGCUCAGUGUCUCCAAAGGUAUGAGAAGCUGCUGGAUGCGGCGUGCUACAAGGACGAGAGCUACGAGCCGGCUGAUGAUCCUCGCAAGCUCCGGCCCGGUGAGAUCGAUCCCAAUCCGGAGUCCAAGCCAGCUAGGCCCGAUCCAGUCGACAUGGAUGAGGACGAAAAGGAGAUGCUUUCCGAGGCAAGGGCGAGGCUGGCAAACACCCGGGGUAAGAAGGCGAAGAGGAAGGCCAGGGAGAAGCAGCUGGAGGAGGCAAGGAGGCUGGCGGCGCUACAAAAGAGAAGAGAGCUCAAAGCAGCCUGCAUCGGGUCUCGUCUCCGCAAGAGAAAGUUCAAAGGUAUCGACUACAAUGAGGAGAUUCCUUUCGAGAAGAGACCACCUCCGGGCUUUUAUGACGUCGCCAACGAAGAGAGGUCUGUAGCGCAGCCGCGUUUCCCGACCAACGUUGAAGAGCUGGAAGGGAGGAGGCGGUCGGACAUCGAGGCGGAGCUUCGCAAGCAGGACACUGCUCGGAACAAGAUCGCUCAGAGGCAAGACGCUCCAUCGGCGAUCAUGCAAAUCAGCAAGCUCAACGAUCCGGAGGCUGUGAGGAAGAGGACCAAGUUGAUGCUACCGGCGCCGCAGAUUUCUGACAGGGAGCUCGAGGAGAUUGUCAAGAUGAGCUCCUCGGCGGACAAUCUACCUGGAGAGGACGAAGGGAGCAGCGCUACUCGAGCACUUGUCGCCAACUAUAAUCAGACUCCUCGAGCAGGGAUGACUCCGGCGAGGACUCCAGGUGGAAAAGGCGACGCCAUUAUGAUGGAGGCGGAGAAUCUUCUCAGGCUGAGGGAGACGCAAACUCCUCUCUUUGGUGGUGAGAACCCGGAGCUUCAUCCGUCCGACUUUUCGGGGGUGACGCCGAAGAAACGGGAGGUCCAGACUCCAAAUGUGAUUGCUACACCUCUCACGACGCCGGGAGGAGUAGGAUCGACUCCUCGAAUCGGAAGUACUCCCAGGGAGACGUCUUUUGCAAUGACACCCAAGGGAACGCCGAUACGGGACGAGUUCCACAUCAACGAGGGACUGGAACUCGCAGCUGACAAUCCCAAGGCCGAGAAGUUGAGGCAGGCAGAAGCGAGAAGGAACCUGCAGGCGUCGCUCAAGGGAUUGCCUAACGCGAAGAACUUGUACCAGAUUACGGUUCUCGGCGUUCCUACGGCGCAAGAAGAAGCCGAGGAGGAGAUGGAGGCUGACAUGGCUGACGUGAUUGCAAAUGCUCAAGCUGAAGAGGACGCUCGAGAAGCUGCUGCUCUCCGCAAGAGGAGUAAAGUCUUGCAGCAAGGAUUGCCAAGGCCACCGCCAGCAACGGUGGAGCUGAUAAGGAACACUAUCCCUCGACACGCGGAAGCGGAUGAUCCAAAGGCGCUUAUCCAGAAGGAGCUAGUCGCCUUAUUGGAGCACGACAACGCGAAAUACCCCAUGACGGACAAGUCUGGCAAGUCUCCGCCUGUGAUACCCGAGCUGGAGGACUUGGAC